GCCCCCGGUCCCGAGGCGGCGGCGGAUAGGCGUCCCGGGAUGGCCUUCAUGGAGAAGCCGGCGGCCGGAAAGGUGCUGCUGGACGACACGGUGCCGCUGACAGCAGCCAUCGAGGCGAGCCAAAGCCUGCAGUCCCACACGGAGUAUAUCAUUCGGGUUCAAAGAGGAAUUUCUGUAGAAAACAGCUGGCAGAUCAUUAGGAGAUACAGUGACUUUGAUUUGCUGAACAACAGCUUGCAGAUUGCAGGCUUGAGUCUACCUCUUCCUCCCAAAAAAUUGAUUGGUAACAUGGAUCGUGAAUUCAUAGCUGAGAGGCAGAAGGGUCUUCAGAACUAUCUCAACGUCAUCACCACAAACCACAUCCUGUCUAAUUGUGAGCUGGUUAAGAAGUUUUUAGAUCCAAACAACUAUUCUGCAAACUACACUGAGAUUGCCUUACAACACGUUUCCAUGUUCUUCAGAUCAGAACCAAAGUGGGAAGUGGUAGAACCAUUGAAAGACAUAGGUUGGAGGAUAAGGAAGAAAUAUUUCUUGAUGAAGAUUAAAAACCAGCCAAAGGAACGGCUAGUGUUAAGCUGGGCUGACCUUGGCCCCGACAAGUAUCUGUCAGAUAAAGAUUUUCAGUGUCUAAUCAAACUUCUGCCUUCCUGUUCGCAUCCUUACAUCCAUCGGGUUACCUUUGCCACAGCUAAUGAAUCCUCAGCCUUGCUAAUUAGGAUGUUUAAUGAAAAAGGAACUUUGAAGGACCUGAUCUACAAGGCAAAACCGAAAGACCCGUUCCUAAAGAAGUACUGCAACCCUAAGAAGAUUCAAGGCCUUGAACUCCAGCAGAUAAAAACAUAUGGGCGGCAAAUAUUAGAGGUACUAAAGUUUCUACAUGACAAGGGAUUCCCUUAUGGGCAUCUUCAUGCCUCCAAUGUGAUGCUAGAUGGGGACACUUGCCGGCUGCUAGACCUUGAGAACUCCUUAUUAGGACUUCCUUCCUUCUACCGAUCUUAUUUCUCACAAUUCAGGAAAAUCAAUACAUUGGAAAGCGUGGACGUCCACUGCUUUGGCCACUUACUGUAUGAAAUGACUUAUGGGCGACCGCCAGACUCGGUGCCUGUGGACUCCUUCCCUCCGGCACCGUCUAUGGCUGUGGUGGCCGUCUUGGAGUCUACGCUGUCUUGUGAAGCCUGUAAAAAUGGCAUGCCCACCGUCUCCCGGCUCUUACAGAUGCCAUUAUUCAGUGAUGUUUUACUGACCAAUUCUGAAAAGCCACAGUUUAAGAUUCCCACAAAGUUAAAAGAGGCAUUGAAAAUUGCCAAAGAAUGUAUAGAAAAGAGACUAAUUGAAGAACAGAAACAGAUCCACCAGCAUCGAAGACUGAGAAGAGCUCAGUCUCACCAUGGAUCUGGAGAAAGAAAAAAGAGAAAGAUUUUAGCUCGAAAGAAGUCAAAACGAUCUGCUGUUGAAAAUAGCGAAGAGCAUUCAGCAAAAUACAGCAACUCCAAUAAUUCAGGAUCCGGGGCCAGCUCACCUCUCACAUCUCCAUCAUCACCAACUCCACCCUCUACAGCAGGGACGUCCGCAUUACCUCCACCUCCUCCACCUCCGCCUCCACCACCAGCAGCUCCCUUGCCUCCUGCCAGCACAGAGGUGCCCACACAGCUCCCGCCCCAGGCUGUGAAUGGCGUGAGCCGAGGGGCUUUACUCAGCUCCAUCCAGAAUUUCCAAAAAGGAACUUUGAGGAAAGCCGAAACCUGUGAUCACAGUGCUCCUAAGAUUGGCUAAAGCGUCGUGUUUACACUGGGAGGAAAAAGUUGUUUUUUUUCCUCCCACCUUAACCCCUAAAGUACCCUGUUCUGGAUGAAUAAUUGCUGAGCCAGUGCAGCCGCAUACUAUUUUGCAGAUGCUCAUCUAAGGGGCUUUUCAUGAGGGAAAUAUUCUUCAAGUAGAAUAAAGUCAGGCUGGCACUGCUGCCUUAAGAAAUAUUUUGCUCCUUUAUUACCACUUUAAAGGAGUCUUGUUCAUCCUCCUAUGGGCAUCUUUUUGGGGCAGCAGCAUAUUGGAAUCAAUAUUUCCACCAACUGAAGGAAAUGGACAAAAAAACAAAAACAAUGACAAUGUUCAGUCAUAGCAGCUAAUGGCCUUUGUGUUGCAACCCCUCCCAUCCCAUCAGAUGGCUCCUAGAAUUGCUCCUCUUAUAGUUCAUUUCUCUAUUCUAAAGCAUUUUCUGGUUAUUUCUUAGAUAAGCUCCCAUUUCUGCCCCCUUAAUUUCAUCUUAGACAUUAACACUGUAGCCCAAAGCAUAGUUAUGUCACUGAGUCAGAGAAGCACCUGAGUUCGUUUCCCCCUCAAACAGAAUGGGGCAAGUUGGUAACAUUCUCUAACAGGAAUACUGUGGUUGCAGAGCUCAGGGGUGCUAAAGCAACUACUCCAGACUCAGCCCUUUUCGUCAGAAUGUAUU